GGUAUUUAAUCAACAGCACCGCCUUCAUCUUUGCAGCUGUCUUCCUCUUCAGGUUGACCCUGGAGGUGAUGCCUGAUGAGCCCCGGGCGUUUCAAGCGGUUUCUCUGUUCUGCUACAACCCAGCCACCAUUUUCUACUUCUCACUCUAUACGGAGAGCUUGUUCGCCGCAUUUGUCUUUGGAGGUUUGCUCUGCCUCGUGAAAGGCGCCACAUGGAUGGCGGCUAUCCUGUUCGGCUUCUCAAGCCUCACAAGAUCAAAUGGUGUCCUCAACUCUGGAUUCUUCCUCUUCAAGUCCUGCCAUGUUGCAUACCACGCUAUUGUCCGCCGUGAUCAUCCAAAG